CCUCCCGUCCUCCUUCCCUGUAUGAGGUAAUUUUAGUGAGCCAUAAAGUUGCAUAACAGGCGAGAAGUGACUGAUAAACGAGGACAUAAGCAACCAGAGACAAGGAAGCAGAAUAGACAGGAGCUUACGUAGCGGGCAUUGUGUCCACCUGCUCAGCUGGGAAGAAAGCUAUUUCAAGUCUGGACACUGAACAGUCAGCUGUGUUUACAAUAGAGGGACCGUCUAUCCAUGGUGGGAAAAGAAACACACGCCAACAUUCACGCCGUCAACAGUUAGACCCAACACUUCGCUGAAUGAAUCUACUACACACGUGUGGUACUACGUAUCUAGUGGUGGUGUCUGUUGCUGCUAGCGAUGACCGAGAAGAACAUCUCCCUCGGCAAAAAUUUCCUAGCUGGUGGUUUUAGCGGGAUCACCGCCAUCAGUGUCGGGCAGCCUUUCGACACGAUCAAGGUCCGACUACAAACUCAGCCUCUACCUGAGAAAGGUCAGAAACCACUUUAUCAGGGAGCGUUGGACUGCACUCUCAAAACUAUCAGAAAUGACGGAAUCCGCGGCUUGUACAAAGGUAUGGCAGUCCCACUGACGGCAGCUACGCCGAUGUUCGCCGUGAGUUUCUUCGGCUACAACCUGGGCAAGAAACUGCAGCAGAAGAGCCCUGGAGAGACCUUGACUGGAACACAGAUCUUCGCUGCUGGGAUGCUGUCCGGUGUGUUUACAUCGACCAUAGUGACACCUGGGGACAGAAUCAAGUGCAUUUUGCAAGUUCAAACAGCGAGCUCUGGGCCAAAAUUAUACAAGGGGCCAUAUGAUGUGGCUCAGGCCUUACUCAAGCAAGGGGGGGUUAGAUCAUUUUAUAAAGGAAUGUGUGCGACGCUUUUACGAGAUGUACCAGGAGGAGGGAGCUUUUACCUCACGUACGUCCUAAUAAGGAAGUCCUUGGCUCCCGAGGGCCAAGAAAACGACCUCAGUCCUCUGAGGAUAAUGAUCGCCGGAGGAAUCUCCGGGGUCGUCAGCUGGAGUAUCGCACUAGGACCUGACGUAUUGAAGAGUAGAAUACAAACAGCUCCUGAGGGCAAAUACCCUCAUGGCAUCCGCAGUGUAUUUGUGGAUAUCCUGCGCAACGAAGGACCCAGGGCAUUCUUCAAAGGAGGUGUACCACUGCUUCUGAGAGCCUUUCCUGCCAACAGCGCCUGUUUCCUGGGCUACGAAGGAGCUAUGACGUUCCUGAAUUGGAUGACGCCUGAGUUAUACUCUGAUUAAAAAUAAUCCUAAAGGCCGACAUUCAGAAAGUGUGAAGUCAGUAUCGCAGGGCGGAAUUUCUGUGAUAGGUUGGCAUUCAAGUGAUGGUAAUAUGACUUAUUUUUCCCCAGUUACUGGAUUGUCUUCCCUUUUAAGAGCUCUAGAAUUCACUAUCUAUUUUCAAACAGCCGUCUAAUAGAGCGGUUUAGUGAUAAGGAUGUUAAGAAUGGCUAUCCAAAUAUAUCAAAGUCUUCCAUAACUUGGCCAAGUCUUCCUGUAAGUCUUCCUUCAGAGUCACAAAUAUCUUUAAGCUCACAGCUGUGUUUUUGCAUUUCGGCUUUCAUCUCUGUAUUGAUUUUGUCCGGCUAAGGUUUUUAAGCUGACGUUUGGAAAGCUUUUCUUGAUACCCAGAUUCAUACGAAUACUCUAAAUUAAUAAUUCAGAAAAUAAAGCCUGUUAUGUUUGUUACUACAGAGUAUAUAAUUCUGAAGAUGAACUGAUAAAAAUUUUACUUUUA